AUUGGCGUACGUCACAACCAUAGGGACUGCACUGUAUAAAAAUGAACCAGUCAUGCAGAAAGUGCACCACGGGUUGAGCAUGCAGGAUCUUGACACUGUGACUAGAUACAAAACCACAGCCAUGAAUACCAUUCAACACCAGCAGAACAAGACAGCACUUAAAAAACAACAGUCAAAGAAGAACAUCAACCAUUUCACAGAUGUGCAUGGUCUGCCUUGCAUAGAGAAGAUUGUGUGCACAGUGGAUGAUACUCCUCAUCCAAUCCAAACAAACAUCACGGGCAAAUUCCCACAAUGGAUCAACGGCAGUUUCUUGAGGAAUGGCCCUGGGAAGUUUGAAAUUGGAAACCAUAAGUUUAACCACUGGUUUGAUGGCAUGGCUCUACUUCACCAGUUCAAAAUUUCAAAAGGACAGGUGACUUACAAAAGCCGCUUCCUCUCCAGUGACAGUUACCAGGCCAACAAUGAAAAUAACCGCAUUGUUGUUUCCGAAUUUGGAACCAUCACUGUGCCAGACCCUUGUAAAAACGUUUUUCAACGCUUCCUCUCAAGAUUUGAAUUACCAAAGCCCACAGAUAAUGCCAAUGUGAGCAUUGUGACCUACAAAGGCGAUUACUAUGUAAGCACUGAAACGAACAUGAUGCACAAGAUAGACCCUGAGACACUGGAGACGACCAAAAAGGUGAACUGGAGCAAUUUUAUUGCUGUUAACGGUGCCACCGCACACCCUCACACUGAUCUUGAUGGAACAACAUACAACAUGGGGAAUUCAUACUCCCCUAAAGGAUCAUAUUACAACAUUAUCCAAGUGGCUCAAACCAAAAACAACAGCGAAGAAACCCUUGAGGGAGCCAAGGUGCUUUGCUCUAUUCCCUCAACUGAGAGUGUCAAACCCUCCUACUAUCACAGUUUUGCAAUGUCUGAGAACUAUGUGGUGUUCAUUGAGCAACCCAUCAAGAUGGACCUGUUGAAGAUUAUAACAGGCAAGUUAACAGGAAAGAGCAUUAGUGACAGCUUCUUCUGGGACCCCAAACUCAAAACAAUCUUCCAUCUGAUUCGCAAAAAAACAGGGAAGGUGAGUUCCCUAAAGUACCUUGCUCAGCCACUGUCAACCUUCCACCAAAUCAACGCCUUUGAGGAAGACGGUUGCUUAAUCAUUGAUUUGUGCGCAUCAGAUGAUGGUCAGGCAAUUUCAAACUACAAUGUCCAGAACCUUCGCAAGUCUGGAGAAGAUCUUGAUGAGGUGUAUAAUACACUGUGUAGAGUCUUUCCACGUCGCUUUGUUCUCCCUCUUAAUGUUGAUGAUAAGACACCCUUCAACCAGAACUUGAACACCUUGCCCAACAGCUUGGCCACUUCAUUAAGGAUUGGCAAGAACAAGAUAUUCUGCACCCACGAGGAUCUCCAUGGGGAAGACCUUCAUAAGUACGGUGGUCUUGAGUUUCCACAGAUCAACUAUGGCAAGUACAACACCCGGCCCUACCGCUACUUCUAUGGCUGCGGUUUCAGACACCUUGUAGGGGACACAUUGAUCAAGAUGGACCUUCAGGGUAAACACAUGAAGGUCUGGGAACAACCUGGUCUAUAUCCCUCAGAACCUGUCUUUAUACCCUCCCCUGAUGCCACAGAGGAGGAUGAUGGCGUCAUUUUGUCUGUGAUCAUCACUCCAAAUAAGGACAAGAGUACUUUCCUCUUGGCUUUGGAUGCCAAGACAUUCCAAGAGGUGGGCCGGGCUGAGGUGCCAGUUAAUAUCCCAUACGGCUUCCAUGGAACAUUCAAUGCCACAGCAUAGCCAUUUGAUAGAUAAUAAUAUUUUAUACUGCACUCCAAACGCUAUAUGACCAAAUCUAAAUAUUAAAUACAGUAUGCCAAUAUAAUAUAAUGUAUGUAGUGCUACACCCUGUGAGGGAUAUAAUAUAAUGCCAUGAUAAUGUAACUAUUAUAGUGUAAAUGGUUGUUUGUACUAUAUGUGCUGGUGACCAGUUCAGGGUGUACCCAUGCGCCUCUUGCCCAAAGUCAGCUGGAUACACUCAAGCUCACCCGCAACCCUGGUGUGGCAAAGCGGCACAGAAAUGGAUGGACGGAUAAAUUGUGUUUUCUUCACCGUAGGUGUUAUAUUAUAUCUUUUGUUUCUAGACAAAUUCUUGUUUGUCAACCUGUACUGGUGUACUUUUUUUUUUUUUUAAUAAACAAAUCAAUUUAUCACUAAAGUGUACUGUAUUUAUUCUGGGCUUGA